AUGUCUAAUCGAAGUUUAUUAUCAUUGAAUAAUCAAGGAUUAAAUGGAAAUGUAAGAAGAUUAUCAAAAAAAUUUGAAAAUCUUCUUGAAUUAAGAACAGAAUCUUAUGAACAAUUAUCUUCUCCUAAAUCUCAAUUAUUUACAUCAAUUCAUAAAUCAUUUACAACAGAUGAAAAAUAUGAAAAUAAAAAUCAUUGUUUAAAUAGAUGUUCAGAUACAAUAUCACUUCAUAAUACUAAUUUACAUAGAGAUCAAUCUAAUCAUUUAUUAAAUAAAAGUUCAAUAUCAAUGAUUGAUAGUUUAUUAAGUCUAAUAUCAAAUAAAAUGUUAAUAAGAAUUUUUAAACAAAUACUUGUUGGUAGUUCGAUUGGUGUUAUCAAUGGAUCUCUGAUUGGACAAAAAAAUCUCACAACUAAACUUAUUGGUUUCUUAACAACAACUAUUUUUAUUGGUGAACAUAUUCUUCAUUUUACACAAUGGACAUCAUUUAAUAUCGGUUAUUAG